AUGGAAACUUAUCCUACGCCAAACGAUGUGGCCGCUGCCGAUGUCACUGAACUCAGCGAGAUGAUCCACAGUCUAGGCUUCCAAAACCAGCGUGCGAGAAAACUGAUCAAGAUUGCCGAGACUUGGAUUGAGCAGCCACCACGGAAGGGAACGCUUCACCGCACCAUGGACUAUCCCAACAAAGGCAAUGGCCGUCACCUCAAGCCCAAGGAGACUGUUGAUGAGGAUGUUGAGAACUGUAGCGAAGCUGGCGCUCUCGAAAUCGCGCACAUUUACGGUCUUGGACCUUAUGCCUGGGACUCUUGGAGAAUCUUCUGUCGUGACGUAUUCCGUGGUGUGGCAGAAGGCUACAAUGGUGAAGGCGUUACUGGCUACAAGCCUGCCUCAAAAGGCAAGAACGAGUCUGAUUUCGAGCCAGAAUGGAAACGUGUGGUACCUUUGGAUAAAGAGCUGCGAGCAUGUCUACGCUGGAUGUGGUUGCGCGAAGGCUGGGAAUGGGAUCCCCUCACCGGCAACAAGAAAAAGGCAGCUCCUACCCUCAUGCGCGAAGCAUCAGAUGGUGUGGCCACUUGGAACGAACCUGUAGCUCUUGAUCCGCACGAGGACGCAACAACCACUAAAGAAGAGCUCGAAGGACCCAAGGGCCCUGAAGCAUUGGUCCCUGGCGUCAAAGCCGAGGACGCGGCACCAGCACCCAAGCGACGCACCAGAAGAGGUAGAAACUCAUCGGGUGCUGCUGCAAGAAGCGUGCAGCUACUCCCCUCCUGCCGCGCCCAAGGAAGCUACCACUCCAGUCGUGCCUGCCAGUGCAAAACGCCUCAAUGCAGACCCCGAGAUUAUGACGUCCAGAUUGAGACCGAGAGCUGGUCGUACGGAUGUAAUUGUUUCUAUCCCUGUACCUCCUACGCUUAG